AUGGAGCUCGCAAGUAACGAUUGUCAAGAUGGACAGUUAUUACAUGAGCGGAGAGGCAAGCUUGCUACAGCCUUUACACCGGGACAACAAACGAUCCACGAGCACCUACAUCCACCUGGGCACAUUUUCCAUAUACAAGCAACGCUCAGAGAUGAAUGGGUGGGGAAUAAGGCACUCUCGGCCUCGUUCAAGAGGCAUCUCAGUCCGAUGAGCCCGGGGAAAGGUACUCGAAAAGCAACUGUUACUAGUCUUCUUGACACGAUGCAAUUUAAACUCUCUACUUUCCUCAUUGUUGUCGCAUCUGUGAUGAUGCUUGCAGUUGCGCAACCAGUUGAAAGUGCUCCCGAAGCACCCGAAGCACCAGCGGAGGACGUGAGUGAUAUCUUUUUCAUCCAUUUGUCAUGGGUCGCUCUCAACAAGAAAUCUUUAGUUCCAGGCGGGGACGUCAUUGGGCUUUUAACGAUGGAAUUGCACAACCAGUUGAAGCUUCUCCCGCACCCGAGGCAGAUGUAA